CCGCCUGUUACCAGCGCAACCUUGCCGUCAAGGCGGAACAUGCGAUCGAAAUUCUUGAUGUCAGACAUGGUGUGCUAGUCUCCUACAAACAAUUCCACAAGAAAGAAAUAGUAUUCAGAUUUCCGAAUGGACAGCGGCAUAUUGGCUGAUGCAGCCGGGGUAGAUAGCGAAAGCUGGGGUAGCUCGGUGCGUGGAGAUCGAUAUCCUCGGCCCUAGCUCCACCGUCUGUGCCCCGCCGACUUCCCCGGCUGUUGCAGCGAGCUAACCACCAUUAUCGUCAACCGCUUUAUAAAGUUGCGAGACAAGAUGGUCAAGCUUCAGCCUACUACCGGAGGUCUGGCGUAUUGUCGUGAUCGAGCUUCCGCGUCUUUCCAGGCUCUGUUCAAUCCAAAUCUCGUUGCGCAUCUGUAACCUCAAGCAUGCCUUUCUCCAGCCCUUUCCCGUCCUUGGAUAUUCCAAAAUGCAAUUUGCUGGAGUACUUGUUUCCAAGAGGACAGCCAGUGGCGGAAACACCGAUAUGGAUUGAUGCCCAAGACACGAACCACUACCUCACCCCGCGAUCACUGUUGCAAUGGUCCAAACGGCUCGCACUUGGCUUGGACCGCCUCGGUGUCAAGCCGAGGGAGGUAGUCAUGAUCUUGACGCCAAACCACAUUUUUGUGCCAGUCGCAUAUCUGGGCAUUGUGGGAUCGAAGAGAAUAUUCAGUGGCGCUAAUCCCGCCUACACAGUAUCAGAAUUGAAGCACCAGAUAUCGAACACUCAAGCAUCGAUAAUUCUUGUACAUCCCUCACUUUCGAAGAACGCAGUUGCAGCUGCACGGAAGGCUGGACUGCCCGACGGUCGCGUUUUUUUGUUUUCAGAUGUACCGAACACACGCGCGUCAGGCUGUCGCGACUGGAGAGAGUUCUUGCCCUCAACAGCUGAAGCCGAUGCGUACAAUUUUCCACAGAUGUCGGCGCAAGAGUCCACCACCAUCACCGCAACAGUCAACUACUCUUCAGGAACCACUGGCCUGCCAAAGGGUGUUGAAGUCAGCCACCACAACCUCGUCGCAAACCUAGAGCAAACCAUAUAUAUGAGAUACCUGAAGAAGCCCUGGGAUCAUACCAAUAGACCGCGAGAAGUCUGGCUGGGCUUCUUGCCUUUAUAUCAUGCUUAUGGACAACUCUACACAAUUGCGAUGGCACAGAAACUCCAGAUUCCUUGCUACAUCAUGAAACAAUUCCAGUACGAGGAGUUUCUGCGGACGAUACAAGACCAGAAGGUUACUCAUCUCCAAAUCGCACCACCGAUCAUGGUUAUGCUCAGCAAGAGACCAGAGACAGCCAAGUACGACCUAAGCAGUGUGACAGACAUUCUCUGUGGUGCAGCGCCACUGAGUAAGGAAUUGCAAACCGAGAUUAGCAGAAAGCUAGACUGCGAAAUCGUGCAGGGCUGGGGAAUGACGGAAGUGACUUGCGGUGCCAUUCAUGUGCCCGGUGGCACCAUUGAUGAUUCUGGAAGCGUUGGCCAGCUUGACCCGAACUGCGAGUGCAUGCUCCUCGACGAUGAUGGCAAAGAAGUGGCUGAUGGCCAGCCCGGCGAACUAUACGUGCGCGGUCCCAACAUCUGCCUGGGUUAUUGGCGCAACCCACACGCUACUAAGGAGACACUAUCACCGGACGGCUGGCUACGAUCUGGUGAUGUAGCCGUCUGUAGAAAAGGAUGGUUCUGGAUUGUUGAUCGUAAAAAGGAGCUCAUCAAAGUCAACGCUCUGCAAGUUGCGCCCGCAGAACUUGAAGCCGUGCUACUGGAAUUCGACCCCGUCGCAGAUGCAGCGGCAGUGGGCAUCACGCUAGACGGACAGGAGUGGCCGCGUGCUUACAUCACUCUGAAGGACGAGCACAAGGGAAAGGUCACAGAGAAUGACAUACAUGCGUUCAUGAAGGAGAAGGUCGCGAAGCACAAGCAAUUGGUUGGUGGCAUACAGUUUGUCGAUGAGGUGCCAAAGCUACAGUCCGGCAAGAUUAAGAGGGCACUCGUAAAGGAGUGGGCGAAGAAGGAUGCGCAGAGAAUGGGUGGGUUGAAGACGAAGGCGAAGCUGUGAGAUGGUGUGUGC